GUUUGCAGCCACCAGCCCGCGACUGGCUCUGCUCUGGGGCCGGGCGGCGGCAGAGGGAGCAGCCGCUUUUCCACCGCCCGCGGCUUGGGACGGGGCGGCUCUGUAGAGUCCCGGAUGAGCCGGAGUCGGGCUGGCUCCUGCGGAGGAGCGAGCCCCCCGGCCUUGGGGAAGCAGCGAGAGCCCGAGGUGCCGCUGGGGCGGAGCGCGGGCUGCCCUGAGACCCGAGCCACAGGUAAACCUAAAUUUCAAGAAUGGUGACCAACCCCUUGGCAUGUGUCAGGAAAAAUACAUAUAAGAGAACUAAAUAAAGAUUAAGCAAAACAUGACAUCUCCAUUGUGGUUCAUUUGCGGUUUAAUUCUUUUUGUUUCUUCAUUCAAUGCUGAACAUAGCAAGGCGCCUACUCAUUUUGUGCUUGUAGGUGAACCUAUUGCUAUCAGUUGUCAAGGAGCUGACUACAAUCGGACUUGGUAUAGAAAUGGUAGUGAUACACCAAUAACUACAGAAACACAUACCAGAAUCCAUCAGCGAGAUAACUUACUUUGGUUUAUCCCUGCAACUUUAGAAGAUUCAGGAUUUUAUGAAUGUAACAAAAGGAAAUCUAACAGUUCUAUCAAAAACUAUAUAGAAUUAAAUGUUUUCGAGAACAAUGAUGGCUUAUGUUUUAAUGGAGAAAUAACGUAUAAACAAAAAGUGUUUAUGUCAAUUGGAGAGACUGGUGGAAAGAUUACGUGUCCUGAUCUGGAAUAUUUUAAAGAUGAAAAUAAUACUGCACCUGAAAUACAGUGGUAUAAGGAAUGUAAGCCUGGAUUACUGGACAACCACCGAUUUCACUCUCCAAAGAAUGAGAAUUCUCUUACAAUUAAAAAUGCAACUAUACAUGACAAAGGAAACUACACAUGCCAAACAACAUAUAUCUAUAUGGGAAAACAGCAUAAUGUUUCACGAACCAUUAAUGUAGACAUUGAAGAGGGCCCGAAGAAUACACCACCAGAGAUUAUUUAUCCAAAAAACCAUUCAAUUGAAGUAAAACUUGGCUCUCAUGUCAUCAUGGACUGUAAUAUAUCAAGUAGCAUAGGUUCUGUGACUCCAUACUGGCAAGUCAAUGAUAUGGAUGUUAAUGAAUUUGAUGCUUCAUAUCAAGAAGAAUUCUAUGAAAAAUCUUCCCAGGGAAGUGGUUUCAUAAUUGGAACAAGAUUCAACAUUUCAAAAGUGAAAAGGAAGGAUUACUUUCACAAGUUUGUGUGUCAUGUUUUGCAUCCCUAUGGUGAAGCUGGAGCAUAUGUUGUGCUAAAAUACCCAGCUCCAAACACUCAGGGUUACCUGAUUGGAGGACUUGUUUCACUGGUAUUUGUAAUAGUUGUUGCUGUGUUUGUCUACAAGCUAUUCAAGAUUGACAUUGUGCUUUGGUAUCGGAACUACUGCCAUCAUUUUCUGAGUAAAGAAGUUUCAGAUGGGAAGAUCUACGAUGCAUAUGUGUUAUAUCCAAAAAACAGAGUAAGCUGCCUUUACUCACCAGAUAUCUUUGCACUAAAGAUAUUACCUGAGGUGUUAGAGAGACAGUGUGGAUACAAUCUCUUUAUAUUUGGAAGGGAUGAUUUACCAGGACAAGCUGUAAUCAAUGUUGCUGAUGAAAAAAUCAGCCAGAGUAGAAGAGUGAUCAUUGUGUUAGUACCAGAUUCGUCCUGUUACAGUGUGUUAGAAGAUUCCUCUGAACAGCAACUGGCUGUGUAUAAUGCUAUUAUCCGUGAUGGAAUUAAAGUGAUUCUAAUUGAAUUGGAUAAAAUAAAGGAUUACACAAACAUGCCAGAAUCCAUCAAAUAUAUUAAGCAAAAGCAGGGGGUCAUCAAAUGGAAAGGGGACUUCACAGAGAGAUCUCACUCAGCAAGAACAACAUUCUGGAAAAAUGUACGAUACCAAAUGCCACCUAGACAAACUUUGUCUCCCUCAGAACUACGAUUACUACCACCAACCUUUAAUUCUCCACAUACAAUAACAUUAGAAAGAUGACACCCAAGUUCAGUUUUAAAGCUGUGAGCAGAUCACUUCAACUGCUUUGAAAUGGUUGGUUGAAGGAUAUUCAUUAUGUAUUAUACACUGACAAUCUCAUUUGGAGGUUUACAGGAUUAAAGCCUCUACAACAUCUUCAUGGACAAAUUUGAAAAGGAGAUUGACUAUCCAUUCUCUGAGCAAAUCAACAGAGCAACCUGAAACACUGUUUCAAUAUCGCAGCAGCAUUGCAGGACUUUUUGAAGAAAUACAUUUUUGUAAGGAAAAGCCUUUUUUGCACUUUUAAAUACUGUACUUUUCUUCCCAUAUAGGAAAAUGAAGGAAAU